AUGGAACAACGAGCCUGUUCAGGAUCACCAUCUAGGGAUAAACAACUGAGCAAUGUAGCUCUUCCCGAGCACUUGGUGGUCACCAAAACCUGUCCGACACUCCGAGUGACUUCGGCAUUUUUCACGGGAUCUUCCUCGAUACCGACCCACGCGCGCCAAGCCGCGUCCAGUUCUCGAAGUGGACCUUUUCCAAGGACUCCAGAUGAAUGGCUAAAUCUGGGUAUUAUCGAUGGUGUUCGUCAUUCGUUACCAGCCACGGUAUUCGUGGAAAAGAUUAUACGCAGGAAACGGAUUUCCCACUUUAAUCAAGAUGAUAAAUUGCUGAGUAAUUUGUUUGGCUGGUUUAAUGCCGCCGUUAUGGAUUAUGAUAACGAAAGAAAAGUUUGGACCGUUAUCAUCCUGGACAGUCAUAAACGAAAAUUCCUUCUGCCCAGAAUAUACGUUCGCUUUUUAGGAGAAGAUCUCAAAAAAUUUGCCCAAAGGGUGGCUGCUGCAGUCAAAUUAAGACGAAUUGCUGAAACCAAUAUUAGAUACCAGUUUUAUUUGGACUGCAUGCUAGUAGAAGGUAUGCCGACGCUCCAUGAAAUGCAACAGGAAGAUAUAAUUCUCUCGGUCACCCGACAAGGUUCUAUGAAAUGUGAAUCUAAACAUCUUUCUGGGUUAAUAGAUGAAAUCGUUUUGGAGUAUCGUCGUACUAUGUGUGAUCUUAUGUGGAGAUCUCUCAUGGCGAAAGAACCGGAAAUAUAUAACUUUAUUACGCUGGAAGAAAUUAACGAUGUUUAUGAAAUGAAAGUAUCAGAAAUGGGAAAGACUCACAUAGGAAUGAAAGACUUUACGGACACCAAAAAUAUUUUCUAUUCGAUGGUUUUAUACGUUUUCCCGGAAGUGUAUGAAGCGAUGCAGUGUGUAGUCGUUGAAAGUAUUCACGUAUCAAAUAUGAAACUUUUUGUUUCGAAUUACGGAAAAUCAAUGCCUUUGUCGGAAUUUGAAUCGCAACAGUAUCAAGAGGCAGGCGCGGUAAUAAAAUAUUUGAAAAUAACGUGGUUAGAGAGGAUUACUCAGUUAGUUCGACUGCGCUUAAGGGAUAUGAAAAAAGAUGGUUGGUUUGAUCUCGAACAGAAAAAUUAUGAUGUAUACGAUGCAUCGAAAUUAAAACGAUUCAUGGAUCUCAUUGUAUAUCAAAUGCAGAAUGCCCUCCGGAAUCUCGUUGAGAAAUCGAUUGCCCUGUAUUUAGAAGUACUGGAAACUCCGGCGCUUUGUAUACUAAACGUAAAUAAAAAUUUUGUGUGGGGAGACGAUCUCGUUAAUACCCAAUUUGAGCCUUUAGGAAAUCCAAUAUUUAAUAUCGAUAUUGCAAUGAAUGAUAAAAGUGCCUAUUACUUAACGGAUUUAGAAUCAUUUGAGGAAGUUAUCGUAACUUUGUUGGACAAUAUCUUAAGCCAAUGCCAUCAAAUUAGACAAGUUCACCCUUUCUUGCUAACCUUGCUAAAGUUUCCCGAAGAUUUGUAUCUCAGCUCGGUCGACUUAAUGGAGGAACACGUUUGCGAAGUCCGUAAUCGCUUGAGAACUGUUUAUCGAAAGUCCAUAAUACCCUUACAGGCAUACGCGAGAGAAUAUCAACAGUAUUUAGAAAUUUACAAAUUGAAUAUCGAAAAAUAUGUGGAGGAUUUUAAAAGUGCAGGUCACACUGCCGCAGAGAUAAAAAAUGAAAUAUCCUUUCAUCUUAAGAUGAAAUCGAUCCUCGAAUUUUCGCUGCCGAAGGACAUCGUUAUUGGACCUUUCCGCGUGAAUGUUCAACCUCUAAGGAAAUUUUUGGUACAGAAGCGACAGAGCUGUUGCACGCAGUUGCUUAUUAUGUUUACAGAAAGCUUAAGGGCACGAAUCGACGUCGUUCUGACUGAUUACAUGCGAAUUAGAACAAGGUUAAAGGCAACGUCACGUAAUAUCGAGCAUCUGCUGGAAGAGCAGGAUUGGGUAAAGACUAUACCGUUGACGGUGAAAGCUCUGAAUGAUAUAGUGCAGAAGUUAAAGUACGAAUAUGAUGUCCUCGAUUAUUUCUGGUGGUAUCUGUCUGAUCAGGAUUUCGAAGCCAAGUGGCAAGCCAUUGGUUUUCCAUGCCAAAUACAAUUAUAUAUGGAAGAAGUUGCGAAACGUUUUACCAGCGAAUAUGAAAAAUUCCACAAGCUACAAGUGCAGGAUGAAAUUCUGCUAUCGGAGAGAAUCAGUGCGCUCGUGGGAAAUGUUACAAAUGUAGCAUUGCAAACAGAUAUCAGUAAAGUACACGAGAUAGCUGUGGAGGUAAAGAGGAUUUGGAAGAUAAUGAAAGAAUGCCAGGAAUCGAGUUUAUUGUUGAACAAACGGCAGAAAUUGUUCGGGAUGGGUGUAGUGCCAUUCGAGCAAUUAAGUAAAUUAAUGGAGGAAUACGAACCGUAUCAGAUUUUAUGGAUUAUCGCAUCCGAUUUUUUGAAAUGGCAAGAGGUGUGGCUGGAGAAUCCUCUGAUGAAUGUCGAUGUGAAUCAAGUAGAAGACAUGAUUGGUGAAAUGCACAGAGCUAUCUCGCAUUGCAUAAUAGUAUUUGAAGAGAAUCCAAAGGUGGCGGCUAUAGCACUCACUGUACGAGAUCAAAUUGAGGCAUUUAAACCCUACGUUGGCAUUAUGCAGGCUCUGCGAAAUCCAGGAAUGAGGACGCGGCACUUCGAAAAACUUUUUAAGCAAACUGACAUACAAAUGACACUUACACCACAUUUAACUUUUAAGAGUUUACUUAUUCUCGGUAUAAUGAAAUUUGAGGAAAUUGUGAAGAGUGUCGCGGACGUCGCGACGAAAGAAUACUUGGUAGAAAGUACAUUGAAUAAAAUGACGGAUAAGUGGAAAACAAUCACAAUGGAUAUUCAUCCUUAUAAAAAUACGGACAUGUAUAUAAUGAAGAUUCCCGACGAAAUCACUACUCUCUUAGAUGAUGAUAUAUUCAAUACGCAGAUAAUUAGUUUAAAUCCUUGCAAAGCUGCUUUUGAAAACCAAAUCGAUGAGUGGGAAACGAAAUUGCGAUUAAUUCAGCAGUCAUUCGCAUUAUGGUUGGAAGUACAAAGGCGUUGGACAUAUUUAGAACCAAUAUUCUCAUCCGAAGAUAUUAAUCUGCAGCUACUCGUGGAAACGCGGAAAUUCAAUAUGAUGCAGGAAAGCUGGAGGCAAAUCAUGAAAAAUGCGUGCGAUUGCCCAUACAUAAUCAUAACGUGCGCAGACAAGACUUUGUUAGAGAGACUGAAGGAAUGUCUGUUGAUCCUGGAAACCGUACAGAAAGGCUUAUCCGAUUAUCUGCAGACUAAGCGAAUGAUCUUCCCACGCUUCUUCUUCUUGAGCGAUGGAGAACUGCUCGAAAUUAUCGGUCAGUCGAAACACGUUCAAGCAAUACAACCGCAUCUAAAGAAGUGUUUCGAGAAUAUCAGGCAAUUGAGGUUCGAAGAUGAUCUCAGGAUCACGAGAAUGUACUCUAAUGAGUACGAAGAAGUUGCAUUAUGGUCGCCGAUCUAUCCCGACGGAAAUGUUGAGAAUUGGCUAAGACAGAUCGAAGACGUAAUGCGCACUACUUUGCGAAAGAUGAUCGGUGAGACUCUCGAAGUUGUCGAAUCGAUACCGCGGCAGGAGUGGGUGUAUAUGUGGCCGGGCCAGGUAGUCCUGUGCGGAAGUCAAACAUAUUGGACCGCUCGUGUGGAGGAUGGCAUUAGGAGCAACACUCUGUCUGAUUAUUACAGUUUAAUACUGCUACAUCUCGAGACAUUGCAAAAAUUAAUACGCAGUCAACAAACUGAGUUACAAAGACUGUUGCUAGAGACUGUGAUUACAAUUGAGGUUUAUGCCAGAGAUGUUGUGUAUAAUUUAAUCCAAGAAAAGGUAACAAGUGUCAACGAUUUCGAAUGGAUUUCUCAAUUACGAUACUAUUGGGUCGACAAUAAGGACUUAAAGAUUCGCGCAAUAAACGCAGAAUUUUCAUACGAAUACGAAUAUUUAGGUAACAGCGGAAGGUUAGUAAUUACACCAUUGACCAAUCGCUGCUUCCUCACGCUUACCAGUGCUUUGCAUUUGAAAUUCGGCGCUGCAUUGACCGGUCCGACUGGCACCGGUAAAACGGAGACUACAAAGGACCUCGCAAAAGCUUUUGCGAUUCAGUGUGUGGUUUUUAAUUGUUCCAACCAGCUGGACUUCAGGUCUAUGGGUAAAUUCUUCAAGGCUCUUGCCAGCACUGGUGCGUGGGUAUGUUUUGUUGGAUUUAAUCGGAUCGAUAUCGAAGUUUUGUCCGUCGUAGCACAGCAAAUCAUAACGAUUCAAAAAGCACAACAGGCGCAAGCAAAAGCAUUUCUUUUUGAAGGAGUUGAGCUUGUCUUGAAACCGUCCUGUGCUACAUUCAUCACUAUAAAUCCUGGUUAUUCCGGUGAAAUAAAAGAAUUACCUGGUAACUUGAAGGCACUUUUCCGACCCAUGGCUAUGGUGAUCCCGGAAUAUACUUUGAUCGCUGAAAUAUUAUUGUUUUCGUACGGAUUUGCGGAUGCCGGAAAUCUUGCUAGAAAAAUCACGACAACUUUCAAAUUGAGUUCAGAGCUACUAAGUACACAAGAUCAUUAUGACUUUGGUAUGCGUACGAUGAAAGCUGUUAUUACUGCUGCUGGCAAAUUGAAGAAAGAGCAGAGGAAACUUCAAGAGAAACAAAUUUGUCUGCGUGCUUUGAAAGACGUAAAUGUUCCCAAGUUUUUGAAGAAUGAUUUAAAGUUGUUUAAUGGAAUUGUGUCAGACUUAUUCCCAGGAGUUACUGAAAACUCAAUAAAUUAUAGCAUCUUAAAAGCAGGCAUUUGCAAAUCUAUUGAAUUAAUGGGUUUAGAAGAUAUCGAUGAUGCGUUCACUAAAUAUGUAAAAUUAUACGCGACGAAAAAUACUUCUACGAACGAAGCAAAGCGAUGUUUAGAGGAUUAUUUCGCAAAUUAUAGCCGACCAGAAAUCAUAAUUUCUGACAGAGAAAACGGAAUAAAACACAUUCUAAUAGCGACGGGAUCGCCUCAGGCAAAUGGACAGGUUGGACGAAUUAAUAGGACUCUUACACCUAUGUUAGCUAAGCUCGUGGAAAACGAAAGUGGGAAAUAUUGGUAUCAGAUAUUGACGGAUGUAGAAUAUGCAUUAAAUAAUACUUUUAAUAAGAGCAUAGGAGAUAUACCGAGUAGAGUUUUGUUUGGAAUACUACAGCGAGGAAAAGUUAAAGACGAAGUUGCAAUGUACAUGCAGACUGAGUUAAGAACGUAG